UUUCAUUAGAUUUCCGAAUACGAACUAAAUUUUACACAAAUAAAAAUCCUCCGUCACCUUAAUCGGUAACAUCUUCCGGCCAAAAUCUGUCACUUUCUCUCUCCCCUGGAAAAACGCAAUGAGCGCGCAGUACCACCAUGCAUCUCUUGGUCGACGAACUUUGGAAGAAAUUCGACAGAAGAGAGCUGCAGAAAGGCUGAAAAAAGUAUCCUCUGGAUCCGAUCUUAGUACUUCUUCUAACCCACCUGACAAUGGUGAGAUCAAAAAAUCUGACAGCGUUUCCAGGUUUUCUGAGAACGAUAUUGGUAGUUUAGUAGCACAGCUGAAGGAUUUGCAGCAGAAGAAUGUAGAGUUUGAAGAUGAGAAUAACAGACUGAGCUCCAAGCUUCAGGCAAAAGAAGUGGAGUGUGAGACGCUGCAAACACGAUUAAGUGAUCUGGAGCAGAACACAGUACCAUCUUUGAGGAAAGCACUUAGGGAUGUUGCAAUGGAGAAAGAUGCAGCAGUUGUUGCACGGGAGGAUCUCUCAGCGCAGAUUCGUACUUUGAAAAGGCGUUUUAAGGAGGCCGAAGAAGAACAGUACCGAGCCGAAGAAGAUGCAGCUGCUUUAAGAGCCGAACUCAAUUCCAUUCAGCGACAAGCAUUCAACGAUUCUGCUAGUGGCAUGGCUGCUAUGGGAAACCCACCAGAUCACAUACAUUCAUUAGAAAAGGAGUUAGCUAACCUGAAAUUUGAGUUAGAAAGGGAGUCAAAACUUAGGAAUCAAGAGCAACAAAGGUUAGAAGAAGAGCAAGUUCGAGUUGCUGCUCUUAUGUCUGAAAAGCAGGAUUUGGAAUUGAAGCUUACAGAAUUGACAAGAAAAAUAUCAGAAGAUGCUGCAGAGAAAACAUCAUCGAAGACAUAUACCUUGCAAGACAAGGAGAAGUUUGAGGAUCAGUUGCACGAUAUGGCAGUAAUGCUUGAGAGAUUAGAAGGGGGGAGGCAGAAGCUUCUGCUAGAGAUUGAUUCACAAUCUUCAGAGAUAGAGAAGCUCUUUGAGGAAAAUUCAAACCUGACAUCUGCUUAUCAGGAGGCUGUGGGUGUGGCCUCACACUGGGAGACUCAGGUCAAAGAAUGUCUGAAGCAAAAUGAAGAACUCCGAGGAAUGCUAGACAAGCUGAGAACAGAACAGAUCAAUAUUAUGUCUUCAAAUGGGGGACAAAUGAUUAACGGCUCAUCUGGAAAAAAUAAUCAUGGUGGAAGUGAUACUGGAUCAGAUGAAAUACUGAACCUCAAGGGUCAACUGCUUAGGGAGCAAAGCAGAGGAGAAAGUUUAUCUGCAGAGAUCAUGCAACUUUCUUUGCAACUGCAACAAACCUCGCGGGCCUACACGGGUCUUGCACGCCUCUAUAAACCGGUAUUGCGAAAUAUUGAGAGCAAUCUAUUGAAGGCGAAGCAUGACAGAGCUGUCUUUGUGAAGUGAUGUGGGAAUGUUCAUUGUUCAAUUUGUUGUACGGUGUACUUAAUAUUACAGAGAAUAUGUACAAUUUACCAGAAAACUAGAAACGGACUAUUAUUGAGGGAGCUUGUUAAUUGUUAUGUUCUUUCUGUAUUUAAUGUAUUAUUUCCUAGGACUACAACGUGACACUUGAAUCAAAGAAGCUAUUGAAUUGAUUAAUUUGUCACUUGUUGGGAGUUAAUUUUACUCGCAUCAUUGUUGGGA